AUGGCAAUGGCUCUUAACGCUGCUCUUUACAUCGCUAAGAUGACUUGGUUAGCUCUCGCUGGUUGGAUCACUUCUUGCUUAACUGUUGCUGAUGAAUUUGCUUCUUCUCUUCGUUCUGGUGAUAUUGGUCCCUUCCAUGUUGGUUGA